AUGGACGGCUCAUCAUCACGAAGUCAAGUCGCACAAGAGCACCACUGUGAGGAGGAGGAGGAGGAGCAAAGCUGUCUUCUCGGCCCCGAUGGCUAUGACGGGUCAUCCAACUCAGCAGGGUACCUCGUUCCUCCGAAGCCUGGUUCGGAGAAAGCAGUCGAAACCAAGAGUCAGCUUCUGAAGCCGAUUGACCCAUGGCAAUCCUCUGCCACAGUUCAUCCCGGGGACCUACGAUCGAACCGGAAUCUUAGGCCAGAAAAUACAAGGAACAAUACGGUGACCUCGAAAGUUCAGAAAUUCUGGGAGAAGAAUCGGAGUUGCAUGUUGGUGGUGACUUCUUCCGUGUUCAGCUCAGCUAUGGCUCUCUUCACCAAACUUCUGGAACUCGGUGAUGACGGCAUGGAUGCAUUCCAGAUUCUUUUCAUCCGGAUGGGGGUGACGACCAUCUGGUGUACGUCACUAUUGUGCUUCAAAGGGAACCCUGAUUCUCUGCUUGGGCCCAAGGAAGUGCGAGGACUGCUGCUCUUCAGAGGUAUAUCAGGCUUCUUUGGCAUCUUGGGCAUUUGGACUGCUAUAAAGUUCCUCAGCCUCGCCGACGCAUCUGUGGUGACUUUCUUGACUCCGACGAUUGUUGGCUUCUAUUCCGCAAUCUUUCUCGGCCAGCCUUAUACUCCCCUCCGCUUGACGGGGAUAUUGUUUGCACUGCUGAGCGCUUUUGGUGGUGCCGGGGCUUUCAUUGCCAUCCGAGCCAUUGGUGACAGGUGUCAGGUGCUUACGACGACCAACUCCUUUGCUGUAUGCUGCACCUUGAUCAGCGCAACGGCACUGGCUAUUGCUCCGCUGGUGGGGUACGAUCAGCCUCACAUCCGGUUUGGGCUUCCGCAUGAUCCCAGGCAGUGGUUUCUGGUGUCCAUGAUCACUGUUUGCGGCUUCCUAGCCCAGUGGUUUCUGACAGCAGGCCUAGGCAGUGAGAACAAGUCACAUAAAGCACCGGCAAUGGUUUAUAUGGGUAUGUUGUGGACGACCGGGUUUGACCGCUUCUUUCUUGGACAUAGUAUGUACUGGACCAGUCUUUUAGGUUGUGCUCUGAUAGUUGGAAGUGCUGUAUGGGUGGUCGCAAUGCCCAAGCCUGCGCCCACGACCAGCGCAGGCGCAGCUGGAGACUUGGAGAACUUUGCGGGCAUGAGGGCCCCAGAGACGACUGCGACGGAGUCCGAACAAGCGCAAGAGUUAGUCCAGUUGCAGAUUCUGCACCAUCACUGA